AGGAUUUCUGAGUGCAAUGCGCAUAGGGCUCUUCAUUUUUCGGAGACAAACAUCGAAUACACAGGAUUGUGAUGCACUGAAUUCACUUGUAAUGCACAGACUGCACCUUCUCACACAUGGAAAUGCCAGGUAGAGUAGGAAAUAGGACUCACUUCGCGGAGGUGGAGAAAUCUGGAGCAGAUGUUCACAAAAUUGACAGCAGAGGAGUCUCUAACGUCACAGGCGCUGAUAUCGACCCACAUUGGGCAGAGCUGUUCAGGUAUCUGAUUGCGUACAAGAAACAUUACCUCAAUGAUUGUGCUUCAGCUGCUGCAUCGGCUGAGAAGAAAUGCUUGGACUUGUUGUUGCGCGAUGCGAUUGCUUCUCAGGCCUCGCAGUUUCAGUGCGGAAAGAUUCCAGUAGAUCAAUGGGAGCAGGGAGUGUUGAUUGCGUGCUGGAUGGGAAUCAGAGAAUUUGUGAAAUUUCUCAUGAUGUUGUCGAAGGAGAGGGUUUGGGAAACUCGAGACUUGGAGACAGGAUACACAGCUCUGCACGUCGCGGUUUUUAGAAAUUUCCCGAAGAUAGUGAAAGAAUUACUUCCCAAAGGCCUCGAGGACGUGAGCCACGAGUUUGUGUUUGCGAAGACGAGAAAGAACGGAUGGACCGCACUCCAUCUGGCAGCAGCUCAAGGUGGAUGGAAGCAAGUCGAGACGCUCAUCGGGGCCUGCAAAAAGGCCAUUCUUCCCGACACGAGCUGGGGCGGCAGUCAGAAGGUGCCGGUAUUCAGAAUUCUGUACGACAAUUUCCUGAAGACUCCCUUGCAUUAUGCAGUUCUGAGUUUCGAGAAGGACGUGCUGCCGCAAAUGUCAGACUGCACCAAAGCUAAACCCAAGAUCAACUACGCCAAAGUCGUCGAGCAGCUCCUGAGCUGGAAGGUGGUGGAUGCGAACGCGGUGGAUGAUUUUCUUCUCACUCCGACCCACCUCACGUGCAUCAGAGGCAAGGAGGAUGUGGCCAAGCUGCUCACCUUGGACUUCAAAGAGUGCACGAAGCCCGGAAAAACAUACUUCAAUCCCGAUGCCGCAGUUUUGUUCACCCAGGAUUGGUUCUCACGGACGCCUCUGCACUGGGCUCUGGAUGGGCAGAGGGUCGACACUCUGCCGCUCGUGUUCCAUCCCAUAGCCAUGAGGACUUCGGACUACGCCGACCGAUCUCCUCUGCAGAUCGCCCUGGAGAGCGCAGACACCUCGUGCGUGCAAUUCCUCUUCGGAGAUCUGGACGCCAAGACUUCGACCCAGGAGGUGGAGAACGCUCUGCACCGGGAUCGACAGGAGUACGUCGACGCCUCGAACACGAUCCUCGUGGGAGCCACUCUCAUAGCCUCGGUCACGUUCGGAGGAUGGCUGCAGCCUCCGAUGGGAUGGACGACGGGCGACUCGACCGAUUCGUUCGCGAACCACGCGGCGGUGGACGAGGAUACGGGAGUGUACACAUUCGGGAUCUUCAAUACUCUGGCGUUCUUCUUCGCCAUCUCGAGCAUGCUCGUGGCGGCGGGAGCAGCGCUGCCGAUCCGAGACGUGGCGGACAUCGGGAGCGCCGUGAGGCGGUCGCGGCGAUGGCUCAUUCCGACAUGGGCUCUGUUCAUCACCUCGGUCGUGUUCGUGCUCAUGGCCUUCUCGGCUGCGGGGAUGGCGGCGCUGCCUCCUCUGUCCGAGAAGUAUUCCUACCUCUUCGCCACGGGAUUGCUGGGCCUGCUCAUCUGCCUCAUCGUGGCGGGCAAGAUGAUGAGCAAUUCGCUCCACCAGUACGCCUGGUGGGUGCUCAUGCAGAUGAAGUUCUGGUCCAUUGUGUCCUACGUCCACGGCUCCGAGAAGAAGCCGAAGCAUCUCCAGAAAUUGCACGCAAGGUGGGCCAGGAAAUUCGUCCCAGAGCGCCAGAGAGUGAUCCCGAGGACCUUUCUUCUGAUGUACAUCUUGACCCUGUUCGAGGACACUCUCCUCACCAACGCCACCCUCCAGGGCAUUUCCUCCCUGCACACAGUUUUCAGAAGCUACGCCAGAGAGAUCAUCCGCAAAUACUCCGAAACUGCAGAUAUGGAACAGGCAGGUCGGCUGGGUGUAAUCAGUAGAAAUGUCUUUGGGAAAAGCGAUAGUCAAAGUUCUGAUUGUCUGAAUCUUAUUCUCACCAACUACAUGGAGGCUAAGCAGGCGAUGAUUCUGCACUCCAUAGUCGACGUGGGAGCUGAGAUCAUGGGAAAGAAGUACCUCAGGAGUGUGUGGAAAGGAGCAGGAACUGUCGAGCAGGCUGUGAAGAAGAUGUGCGAUUGUGAACGCGAUGAGCUCAUUCUAGAUUUUCAGGGGAAGAAACGGGUCGCCUACUCAUCGGGGCCACUGAAUUCGUUACUGUCUAUUUCCGACUCGAGCUUGGAGGACAUGCUGAAGGCAGACGACCCAGUUGAUAGGCUCAGAGGAAUAUUGAAGGAGAAGGAGAAAGAGAGUUCGUUUAAGGUUCUAGACGAAGUGGACAAAAGGUUGUCACUUUCUAAAACGAUGAGAGCUCGUUGAGCCCAAUUUCAGUCCAUGAAUUCAGGAAUAGCACCGACUGAGUUUCGAGUUUCUCUUGAACCAUAUCCUUCCAUUGUGUACGCAUAUGCUCAUAACAACACUCCACACAUUCACACUGACAUCACUGUGUUCUAUAAACACUAGCACUUUGUGAUGAGUUCAGUUCCUCAAAGACGAAGUCUCGAGCUGUCGGUGCUGUAUACAAAGUGAACGGUGCAAGAAUGUUACAGCGAGAGAAACCCAAGCGUGAAAAAUGGCUUCUCAACGGAAUUCCCUUUCCUCCAAAUCCAUUACAUCUACGAGGAAGUUACCGAGGGGAUUAGUUCAGGUUGGGAGAUCGACUUGCAUCUAAAGCGAGACAUGACAAAGCUUGCCUGAACGAGCUGUCCAGUUUGUUCACUGCAUGUAUGGAAGAUUUCUUGUGAACAUAAUCAAACCCUUCCCAUGGC